GUGAGAAACACAACACACACACACCCUAAAAAUUAAUUAAAAAUAAAUAAUUAACAAAAAAAAAACAUGAAUCACGAGCUUCGAUUCGACAGCUCGAUAAAUAAAACACAAAACGCGCACCAUACAUGUACAUAACACUACUCUCUCUUCUCCCCAACUAACGUUCGCACUCUCCCCAAAUCCAUGGCGAUUUCUCUGCAACUCUGUCGUUUCACCACUCGCACCGACAUCUCGUUGCCGGGGCUCAGAGUCUUCCCCUGCCGGAAACCUCUCUCCGUCCGAUGCUCCGCCGGCGAGUCUCCGUCGCCGUCGGUGGCUGUCGAUGAGGAUUUCGAUGCGAAGGUGUUCCGGAAGAACUUGACGAGGAGCAAGAAUUAUAAUCGGAGAGGGUUUGGACACAAAGAAGAGACUCUUGAGCUCAUGAAUCGCGAGUAUACUAGUGACAUCAUAAAGACUUUGAAGGAUAAUGGAAAUGAAUAUACAUGGGGAAACAUUACUGUGAAACUUGCAGAAUCUUAUGGCUUUUGCUGGGGUGUUGAGAGGGCAGUCCAAAUUGCUUAUGAGGCGAGAAAACAGUUUCCUCAGGAGAAGAUUUGGAUAACCAAUGAAAUUAUUCACAAUCCAACUGUCAACAAGAGGUUGGAAGAGAUGGAUGUUCAAAAUAUCCCUAUCAAGGAUGGGAAGAAACAAUUUGAUGUUGUUGAUAAGGAUCAUGUCGUGGUUCUGCCUGCUUUUGGAGCCGCAGUGGAUGAGAUGUUGGUUUUGAAUGACAAAAAUGUACAAAUUGUUGAUACCACUUGCCCAUGGGUAUCUAAGGUUUGGAAUACUGUUGAAAAGCACAAAAAGGGAGAGUAUACUUCAAUUAUUCAUGGUAAAUAUUCUCAUGAGGAGACUGUAGCAACUGCAUCUUUUGCAGGAAAGUAUAUCAUUGUGAAGAACAUGGCAGAGGCAAUGUAUGUUUGUGAUUACAUUCUUGGGGGUGAGCUUGAUGGAUCUAGCUCAACCAAAGAGGCAUUUUUGGAGAAAUUCAAAUUUGCGGUUUCUAAGGGGUUUGAUCCAGACAGUGACUUGGUUAAAGUUGGUAUUGCAAAUCAAACUACAAUGCUUAAGGGUGAAACCGAAGAGAUUGGGAAAUUAGCAGAGAGGACUAUGAUGCGUAAAUUUGGAGUGGAAAACCUCAACGAGCACUUCAUAAGUUUCAAUACAAUCUGUGAUGCAACUCAAGAGCGACAAGAUGCCAUGUAUAAGCUGGUGGAGGAACAGCUGGAUCUUAUGUUAGUUGUCGGGGGAUGGAACUCAAGUAACACUUCUCACCUUCAAGAGAUUUCAGAGGAGCGUGGAAUUCCAUCUUAUUGGAUUGAUAGUGAGCAGAGAAUUGGUCCCGGAAACAAAAUAAGUCACAAGUUGAUGCACGGUGAGCUGGUUGAGAAGGAGAACUUUCUACCAGAGGGUCCAAUCACAAUAGGGGUAACAUCCGGUGCCUCUACUCCUGAUAAGGUUGUGGAAGAUGUUCUUAUCAAGGUGUUCGACAUUAAACGUGAAGAAGCCCUGCAACUGGCAUAGGUUUAGGUCUGAUGUUAAUAGGUGAGACAAUAAUGCUGUGUUUUAUUUUCACAGAAUUAUAAGGGAAGUGUAGUGUAUGUACACUCUGAAUAUCAAUGAUAUAUCUUUGUAUGUAUAAAGAUCAUGGUUUUUACAUCUGCAUUGUUUUUGGUUUUCUAGUUGAGUUCCUAAGCCCGUUUGGUGUAACUGUUAAAACAAAUUAUAAAUUAUACCUUAAUAGAUUAUCGAUUAUGACUUUAA